AUGGUCGGUCCUCUGGAACAGCCCGUGCCAAUCAUCUCUUAUGCUGGUUGGUUUGAAGGUCAGACUUGGGGUGAAUUUGUGGGCGACAUUCUCAGUAUAAUGCUAGGACAGCUUGCCAAAAACAUCAAAAUGGGUAUCCAGGAUCAGGAGGUUUUUGUCAUGGGCUUCCAUGGGAUAUAUCUCUAUAUUGCCCGUGGAUUCUUUACAGCCGACGUGAUUUCCAGAGUCCAUUUAAAGGGACUUCCAGAGAAUGAGGACUUUGAUCUGAAGUUUACACAUGGCUAUAACCUGUCUUUAAAGGACGAUUGGGCUGCAGCCAUGCAUGCUUUUUCUAGGUUAUUCCGAUAUUUAUUAAAUGGGAGAGCAGAAGUCGGUGCUUUGCAAGUGAAUUUGCAUAGAAAUGCCGAUUAUACAGGGAAAGGAGUCUAA